CACAUUUCGGAAGCUGAAGGUCUCCUUGCCCUCGCCUGAUACAUUUUGGCGGGCGAUGUGGAUGCCAGGCGUCGGCGCCGCCCUGUCGGCAGGCCCCUCCCCGCGCCUCCCCCCGCGCCUCCCCCCGCCCACGACGCUGCGCCACACAGCGGCGUGUGCGGUCGAGCGCUAGGCUUCCGUUGGCUGCGCCCCCGCGCCUGACCGCCACGCGAGGCUCGCGCUUCCUGUCGGCCAGCGACCUCUCCUGCGGUGUUCUCGAACCUCCUGCUUGCCACUCUCUGGUUCCCUAGCCAUUUCGGCACAAGCCUGGCUCUUUCCCAAGAAGCCUCCGUGAGCCCAGCGGUGCCCUCCAGAUUUUGCGGCGAUGUCUCACAUUCCAAGUGGUUUCUUGGACACUGAGGGUAAGUGGACUGAGGAAGCCAAGACUCGUUUUUUCGGAGCUAAGAACGACGAGGCGCUGAAAACUUGGGCGGAGGGGCAGCGCAAGGAGUACAAAGACGAGGCUUCAGAGAAGGGCAAGGGGCUGAGGGACAAGUACGCCACGGAAGCCGACCUGGAGGAGUACAUAUUGGGAGUGUACCAAAAGAAGUGGGAUGCACUCUGUGGUAAGGCGGCAAAGUGUCCCAGAGUUUACUUUGACAUCAAGAUCGGCGACGAGAAUGCUGGACGGAUCGCAAUGAUGCUCCGGGGAGACGUCGUGCCUAAGACAGCCGAAAAUUUCCGGCAGUUGUGCACUCAUGAGAAGGAAUUUGGUUUCAAGGGCUGUACGUUCCACCGCGUCAUCCCAGGCUUCAUGUGCCAGGGCGGAGAUUUCACCAACCAUGACGGCACUGGUGGCAAGUCCAUUUACGGGGAAACUUUCGCCGAUGAGAAUUUCCAACUCGAGCACACUGGCGAAGGAGUCCUCUCUAUGGCCAACGCUGGCCCUAACACUAAUGGCUCGCAGUUCUUCUUGUGCACAGCUAAAACCUCUCACCUGGACGGCAAGCAUGUCGUCUUCGGCAAGGUUGUCGGAGACGGCAUGGCUGUGGUGAAGAAGAUCGAGGCCGUCGGAUCGGGCGGUGGCGAGACAUCUAAGAAGGUCGUGAUCGAAGAUUGCGGUGAGCUCUCUUUGGGAGACUGGCCGUGACUUGUCCAAGGCCGCUGUGCAGCCUUGCUGCUCUGACGUUCCACGUACAGAUCUGACGUCAGAUCGAGACAGCAUAGGCCGUAGACCAGCAUAGACGCGCUCUGGCGCGCAGGCGUCGUGGCAUGCGGCAUGUUCAAACACCAUCAUCGUUAUCAUCAUCUCUGCCCAUGCGGCAGCCGGCAAGAACAGCAGGGCAGCAGCGAAUUGUUGCAGUUGUGACCUGGAUUAUUGGCUCCGUAGUACACAUUGCGACAAGACUCGCAUGGUGCAUCUUUUCUCGUCUCCCACAGAUAUCGAAAGGCCCUUCCUGUCUGACACUGCCGCGUUCCGUGCGAAGCGCCGUGCUAGUGAUGAAUGUUUUAGCGUUCAAACAGAGGCAUGGUCGAAGUUUCUUGAGUUAAUCCAGUGACGUAUUCCCUGUCCACGGGUCACGCACGCAGUCCAAAUACAGGCGUCUGAUUGAUUGCUCGAUGAUGAGUACAAUUUGUCCGUGUUAACGAGGUGGAGCUAGGAUCCCAUUGAAAACCGCUAUUACUGAGCAACUGAGAUCCAUGACAUGCGCGACCGCGUUGGCAAGCGGGUGCAUUCGGUAAGCGGGUGCAGCAUGCUUUGGUAUCAGGUCCAGUUGUCGCAUGUAGCUGUAGGUUCCUCCAUAGGUCGUGCGACUUUGGUGAG